ACAUUGGCAUAUGAAGUUUGUAUCAAACCGCUUGGAACAGACACACACAGAGCAAUUGGAAUCGUCGAAACUUCACAGUUUUAGUCAGAUUGUCAAAGAAACAUGGCGGCUAUUGAAGCUGAACCGAUUAAAGUCGAAACCCUGAUGCGUACGUUAAAACUGUCGGGCCAUGUCGGCUUCGACAGCCUGCCCGAUCAGCUGGUGAACAAAAGUGUCCAAAAUGGAUUUGUGUUCAACAUUCUGUGCAUUGGAGAGACUGGUUUGGGCAAAUCCACCCUGAUGGAUUCUCUGUUCAACACCAACUUUGAGUCGGUGCCGAGUCCACACAACUUGCCCACUGUCAAGUUGAAAGCCCACACUUAUGAGCUACAGGAGAGCAAUGUGAGACUCAAGCUCACAAUCUGUGACACUGUGGGGUACGGAGACCAGGUGAACAAGGAGGACAGUUUCAAGGCUGUGGUGGACUACAUUGAUGCUCAGUUUGAGGCGUACCUACAGGAGGAGCUGAAGAUCAAGCGCUCCCUGCCCGCUUACCACGAUAGUCGUCUGCACGUGUGUCUGUACUUCAUAUGUCCCACUGGGCACGGGCUGAAGUCCAUCGACCUGGUGUGCAUGAAGAAGCUGGACACGAAGGUCAACAUCAUCCCCAUCAUAGCUAAGGCCGACACCAUCUCCAAGACCGAGCUGCAGAAGUUCAAGUCGAAGAUAAUGCACGAGCUGCAAGCGAACGGCGUGGAGAUCUAUCAGUUCCCGGUGGACGACGAGUCGGUGUCGGAGGUGAACGGCAGCAUGAACAGCCACAUCCCCUUCGCGGUGGUGGGCAGCACCGACUUCGUGAAGAUCGGCAACAAGACGGUGCGCGCGCGCCAGUACCCCUGGGGCACCGUGCAGGUGGAGAACGAGUCCCACUGCGACUUCGUGAAGCUGCGCGAGAUGCUGAUCCGCACCAACAUGGAGGACAUGCGCGAGAAGACGCACGCGCGCCACUACGAGCUGUACCGGCGCCGCCGCCUCGCGCAGAUGGGCUUCUCCGACGUGGACGCCGACAACAAGCCGGUGUCGUUCCAGCAGACGUUCGAGCAGAAGCGCAGCGCGCACCUGCUGCAGCUGCAGCAGAAGGAGGACGAGAUGAAGCAGAUGUUCGUGCAGCGCGUCAAGGAGAAGGAGGCCGAGCUCAAGGAGGCGGAGAAGGAGUUGCACGCAAAAUUCGAGAAGCUGAAGAAGGACCACACAGAAGAGAAAAAGCGUCUAGAAGAUCUGCGCAAGAAGAUAGAGGACGACACCAUAGAGUUCAACCGGCGCAAGCAGCAGACGGCGCAGGGCCACCAUACGCUCACGCUGGGCAAGAGCAAGAAGAAGUAACCGCCCUACCGACGGGUCACCGCCCUACCGACGGGUGACCGAACUACCGACACAGCUCUGAGCGGGAGAUUACACUGUAAAAAUUGUAGUUACACUCCAUUUUGUAUGCGAAAAAUUUUAAGCUAAAUCACACUGCAGGCCACGACGCGUGUGUUAAAUUGAAUUAAGCUAUGAAGUGGACUAUUCAUUUUGAAACUUUGCCAUUUGUCACCAACGUAGUUUGACUCUAAAUAAGAGAAGGAAUUUAACUAUAAAAUGUUUACUAUUAUGAAUUGAAUCUAUAUUUACAAUACAAAAUCAGGUUAGUUAGGUUGGAUUGAAAUGAUAUCUCAAGAACUUUCAUUGUAUUUCCUGAAGACGAAGUUCCCCACUUUAAUAUAGUUGGAUAUUCAACUAUGGUAUCUCUUGACAUGUAUUUCCUAUUAUAGCUUGAUUAGAUUUAACACAUGUGAUGUGCUGUGUGUGAUAGAGAUGUUCCAGCUUAAAUAGUCGUCAAUGUCACAUCGUUUGCUUAAGACAUGACAAAUACCAUUGCGUUAAUAAAGAGGUAUUCUGUAAAGUGUUACAUUUACCUGUCAAAGUAGUGGUUACUUCGCUUACUAUGGAAAUCUACAAUUUACAAAAUUAUUCUAAUAAAGUGUGGUUUUAUAUAAUAAAAAUGAUACAUAAACUUCUGCCGCAGUAUGUUGGUUCGAGUCUGUAGGUCGAAGCUAUGAAAUAAUUAUUAUAACAAAACAAAAUAAAACAUCAUAUCAGUACCAAAUUAUUGUUUGUCUACUUGCAUUUUGCAGAAUACCUCUUUAUACAAAAACAAAAUAUUUGUAAACAAAUAUAAAAUGAAUGAAUAUGAAAUUAUUGAUUAUUAUAAAAAAAAACUUGUUCAGCUGUAACAUAUUUUCCCAAAAGUCUGAUUUUGUUCAUAGGAUUUAUUGAAUUGGAUGUUUGGGUGAGUUCAUGAAUUUGCUUGAUGAUUCGUUUGACAGUGGAUCGAAUCUGAAGCCGUACCGCGUUGUUACUGAGAGACAUACUAUAAAUGUAGUGCUUAUAUUGAAAUUAUACUAUUAUGUGCUUGUGUUUAAAAAGAACAUUCACUUUGUAGGAAAAAAUUAAAAUGACUUACAUAAGUUAAUUGGCAUACAAUAAAAAUGUCUGUAGGAAAUUUCUAAAUAUCUACAAUGCAUUGCAUAGAAGAAAUAUCAUAAUUCCUAUCUCUGUUUUUGUAUAUUUGUGGUAAGAAAUUCCACUUUUUUGUAUUAAAAUGCUUGCCUUAUUAGGCACUAAAAGUAAGUGAAUAUUAAUACACUGCCAUGAAAGUAUAAGGAACUCAAUGUUCUUAACUAAUCAGUAAUACUGUACAUUUUGUACUAUUUAUUUUUAUUCUACAAAAAUCUGUCUCAGACCUUAGACACUAUACCUGGUUGCAUGCGGCCAAAGCGAAGCAUUCCAUAGGCAACAUUAUUCACAUUACCAAUUCUUACAAAGUGAAUGGCCUCUUUAAAGAUUUAAAUAUUUGUGUUAAUAAAGUUUAAUAAAAUACUAAUGCAAUUUACCAUAACACCAAUAUUUUAUAAUAAUAUAAUCAAUCAAAUUGUAACCACCUUUGUAGCGCCUCCGCAAAUUAGAGCCUCGAUUGGCUGAUGGUUAAGUCAACAAUAUUCAUAGUCUUCUUGAAACUUCUCUGAACGAUCGACUGAUUGUUUUAUUAUCCUUUUAAGGCAUCAACUCGGUGCUAAGGAUAAGUAUAAGUUGAUAUUUUUUCGGGUAGGUAGAAAAAAAGGGCAAAAAAAGGUUUCGCUAUACGGAUCUCUUUAGGUAGUUCCUCCCACGAGAGGAUGAUCCUGAGAAUGUACUUCGUCCUGAACGAAAUGAGGAAUUCAACAGGAAAAUUUAAAAUCUAAUAAGAAGAAUAAUAACAAGAAAAAUUGUUUAUUUGGUAUGAUAAUGGUUUUUGCGUUUGAGUGUUGAGGUCGGCUCGUACUCUAACUUGCGGAGGAGAGGUUCUGGAGUCUGUAGACUUCGUUUUAGUUGCUAGUUGUGCACUUAGCCAUACGUAAGUUAUUUAAAACAUUUUAUACCAAAAUUUAUUUAUGUAUUAACCCUGUAGGUUUAAUUAAUAAAUCGUUUAUUUAUAAGUAUUUCCUCUUAAGAGUACUAUUAAGGCAAUAAAAAUUACAAUAAAUCGAAUUAGAUGAUUCGCUACAUAAUACUAUACGCCGUAGACUUGUUUAACAAAUCACGAUUAAGGAUUUUUUCAUGCUAAAAAUUAUUUCUGUAAUUCAGCGGCAUUUCCAUUACCAAAGAAUAAAUUAUUAUUAUCAGAUUUAUUAGCUUUGAUCCAUUUUCAAAAGUAUAUCGAUUCCUGCCAACAGAAAACUAUCUCGAAUUACAGACAACUCGAUUAAUUGUAAUUUAACAAAUGCCUUUUAUAGAUAUUUUUAUGUAAAAUUAAACUAAAAAUCGAUUCGAAAGUAUUAAAUAAUGUGAAAACGAUGAAAUGUUUUCACUGAAACGGAUCAUAUAAAUGAAACAUGGUAGUUAUGUUUGAAUAGUUUAUUGAGCAUUCACUUUGCUUUACAUACGACCUGCCGUCGGCGGUCAGUGUUGACUAGAUAGAGAUUAAUUCUGUAAUCAUUAGAGAUUUUACAAAAACUACGGUCAUUUCAAAUACAAUCGAACCUUGAUAAAAACAGUCGCGAAAACUAUUAUACCUCUUAUAUCGAGGUUCGACUGUAUGAUAUUUUGUAACGUAAAAACUCGCUUACCAGACAGCGAAAAAUGUCUAAAUUAUAAAAGUAAAAGCUAAUAAUAUUAUCUAACAGUUUAAGGCUAAAAUCGUUUUAGCAAUUCUAAAACAUUUAGGCGGCGCACAAACGUUGACAUUUCGUUUAUAGUUAUUUGGGCAACGUGAAGAAGUGCUUAAAUCGUUGUAGAAGUGAUUGCUUUUAUGCUAAGUCAAUCUAUUCUGAGGAAUCCUUUUAUCCUCGUAUAGAUGUAGUGGUAAGAUGACUUAUUUUAGUUGUAGUGUGAAAGUAUUGAGAUGUCAGGUAACAAUAAUAGAGCCUCAAUAGCUCAACUCAUCUCAUCGGACUAUCACCGAGGGUUGGUGGUUCCGCCCCGUUGGAAUAUUGUCGUACCCUCUCCUAAUACAGUCUUUUUCGACUAAUGGGAAUAUUGGCUAUAUUUAGAAGAUAUGGCAAAUAUUCUUUUUUUUCUUUAAAUGGAAUUUCCAAAAUCAUUUUAUUUCAAUGAGAUAAAAAAGUUAUUAUGAAGAGAAGGGCGUUCCGAGUCUGUAUUCUUUAAAGUUGGCGUUCUUAUUGUAGGUCGAAUGUAUCUACGUUUGUGCGCCGCCUUAUGGCCUAGUAAUGCUUAAAACUUAACGUUUUAACGAUUCUUAUCAAAUCAUUUGAUUUAAAAUAAUGAAAAAAAUAGAAACAUUUUAAAUAUACAGAGUUGUGUAUAUUAUAAACAAUUGCGCUCUCUAUUUCGAAGUUGUAGCAAUGAAAAUAAUUUAUUUACACAGAGAGUGCAAGCGUGUAAAGUAUCCUUGCAUUUAUUAAUAAUCCAUUCCUUUCGGUUCUAUCAUUUAUACUUUCUAGUAUUUUAAUUAUUUUGUAUAAUUUUAUAGGUAUUCAAAUAAAUUAAAAAUAAU